AUGCCGAGCCACAAGUCUUUCCGGACAAAGCAGAAGCUUGCCAAGGCGCAGAAGCAGAACCGCCCUAUUCCUCAAUGGAUUCGUCUCCGUACUGGAAACACCAUUAGGUACAAUGCUAAGAGACGUCACUGGCGCAAGACCCGUCUCGGAAUCUAA